UUUCGUAAACUCUUUUUGAGUAUUGAGGACAAGCCACCAUCUCUCCGCUGAGCUUUCUUACAAGCUCUUGGCCCGUGCGCAGGAGAGAUGGCUGAGAAACUGACUAGGAUCGCCAUCGUCAGCACGGACAAAUGCCGUCCCAAGAAAUGUCGGCAAGAGUGCAAGAAGAGCUGCCCUGUCGUUCGGAUGGGCAAGCUCUGUAUUGAGGUGACACCAACUGACAAGGUUGCCUUCAUCUCGGAAGAGCUUUGUAUUGGAUGUGGUAUCUGUGUGAAGAAAUGUCCUUUUGAGGCAAUCUCUAUCAUCAACUUGCCCAGUAACCUUGAGAAAGAUACAACUCAUCGCUAUGGUGCUAACUCUUUCAAGCUUCACAGGCUUCCCACUCCACGCCCUGGUGAGGUACUGGGUCUUGUCGGCACUAACGGUAUUGGAAAGUCCACUGCGCUCAAGAUCCUGGCUGGCAAGCUGAAGCCCAACCUUGGCCGCUUCAGUGCACCACCAGAUUGGCAAGAGAUCUUGACCUACUUCCGUGGCUCGGAAUUGCAGAACUACUUCACGAAGAUUCUCGAGGAUAACCUCAAGGCGUUCAUCAAGCCGCAGUAUGUUGAUCAGAUCCCGAAGGCUGUCUCGGGCAAGGUACAGGAGAUCCUGGAGAAGAGAGACGACACAGACACGAAGGAGUCCAUCUGUCAACAGCUGGACCUUGUCAAUGUCUUGAACAGAGAUGUUGAGGCUUUGUCUGGCGGAGAGUUGCAGAGAUUUGCCUGUGCUGUCGUCUGCAUUCAGAAUGCCGACAUCUACAUGUUUGAUGAGCCGAGCAGUUACCUGGACGUCAAGCAGAGAUUAAAGGCUGCAUUGGCAAUCCGCUCGCUGAUCCGUGCCGAUAGAUACAUUAUCGUGGUGGAGCACGAUUUGAGUGUGCUCGACUAUCUCUCCGACUACAUCUGCUGCUUGUACGGAGUUCCCGGAGCCUACGGUGUCGUAACACUGCCCUUCAGUGUUGGACAAGGUAUCAACGUGUUCCUGGACGGUUUUAUUCCCACUGAGAACUUGCGUUUCCGUGAGACGCGACUCAUGUUCAAGGUUGCCGAGACUGCAGAUAAGGAGGAGGAAGUCAAGAAGCUCCACCACAACACGUACCCUGACAUGUCAGUAAAGCUUGGUGACUUCAAGCUGCAGGUCAACCAAGGUGACUUUACUGACUCUGAGCUGAUUGUCAUGUUGGGAGAGAAUGGCACUGGCAAGACUACUUUUAUCCGCAUGAUGGCUGGUCUGCUGAAGCCUGCUGAAGGCGUCGAGGUUCCUAGAUUGAAUGUCAGCUACAAGCCGCAGAAGAUCAGUCCCAAGUCUGAGGACUCUGUGUUGGGCCUGCUGCACAAGAAGAUCCGUGAUGCAUACGCUCAUCCACAGUUCCAGGCUGAGGUCAUCAGGCCACUGUGCUUGGACCGCAUCAUGGACCAAGAGGUGAAGAACUUGUCUGGUGGUGAGUUGCAGAGAGUUGCUCUUGCUCUGGCUCUUGGAAAGCCUGCUGAUGUGUAUCUGAUUGAUGAGCCGUCUGCCUACCUGGACUCAGAGCAGCGUAUUGUUGCGGCCAAGGUUAUCAAGAGGUUUAUUCUCCAUGCCAAGAAGACAGCGUUCAUCGUGGAGCACGAUUUCAUCAUGGCCACGUACCUUGCCGACCGUGUCAUUGUCUUCGAAGGAAAGCCGUCUAUCGACACGUUGGCUAACACGCCUCAGGUGCUGUUGACAGGAAUGAACAAGUUCUUGAAGUCUCUGGACAUCACCUUCCGCCGUGAUCCAUCCAACUUCAGACCGCGAAUCAACAAGCUCAACUCCCUCAAGGAUUCCGAACAGAAGCGAUCCCACAACUACUUCUUCUUGGAUGACUAAAGCCGUCACAGAAAUCGUCAGCCGUGUGUCUGCAAAGUGCAAAGAAUGGUGGUGGCUUAUCUUCUUUUUAUACCCAUACUUGGAAGUAUCUUUUCUACAGUGGCAGCAAUCUGCCACGUGCUUUGCCACUACUGGUAUGCUGUGCAAUCAGUAUCAUGCAGCUGCCCAUGGAAAGCACUUUGCAGUGCCUCUCUGAACAUAACCCAGCGCCUGAUCAUAUCACAUGACUGUUGCCAUGGCCAUGACCAGCCAGCGGUCCUUUUCAUACAAAUUUAACAUUGAUCUUGCUAGUAAAAAAAAGAGAAGACAUGAAAUGAA